UGUCAGCGUCUUGCACCGGAAGUACAACAAUCCGACUUCAUCCAGCAACACGAAAUGGCUGGGAGGAUGUCUCAUCGUGACGGUUCCAGUCAGGAGCCAGGUGGACUGGAUGGACUGCCACCGCUGUACAGCAUCGCUAAGGGCGAGGUUGUUUCUAUCCAGACUUAUGGAGCAUUUGUUCGCCUGCCAGGGUACAAGAAGCAAGGUUUGGUGCAUGUGAGUGAGAUGUCGGCCUCCAGGGUUGAGAACGCUUCAGAGAUUGUAGACGUCGGGGAACACGUGUGGAUUAAAGUCAUUGGGAGAGAGAUUCAGGGAGAAAAAGUCAAGUUAUCGUUCUCUAUGAAAGCUGUCAAUCAAGGAACGGGGCGGGACUUGGACCCCAAUAACGUCAUAGCAGAUCAGGAUUUGAGACGGCGAAGACAGUUUAGAGAUCAAACCAGCAACAAGAUCACACUGGAGGCCGUUUUAAACACCACGUGUUCAAAGUGCGGCUGCAAGGGCCACUUCACUAAAGACUGCUUCUCUGCUCCGGGACUGCAGUACACACUUUUGCCUGAAGAGGACGAUGAAGAACCACAGCAUCAGCAGACAUCGGCAUCUGCAUCCCAGCAGGAAUCUGAUAAGAAGAAGAAAAAGAAGGAAAAGAAAAUGAAAAAGAAGAUGAAGAGGGAGAGAAAGGAGUCGGGGAGCGACAGCAGCAACAGCAGCAGCGAAUGCAAAUCCAAGAAGAGGCGCCAUGGCAACGAAGGAGAGGAGAAAAAGAAAAAGAAACACAAAAAACACAAAUCGCACAAACACAGCUGAGACGGAGACUGCAAGCUACACCUAAAGGCUUUCACUUAUAUUGUUUUGUGAUCAAAUAUAAAGCUUACAGGAAAUUAAGGAGAUCAGUCCCUUUACAUUCUUUCAAAAUAAUACACAAAAAAAAAAAAA